GGCAGUAGUGCAGCAUUUUGGAUUCAACGCUGCCUGAAGAAGAAGUGGCGUCCAGCUGCAUUUAGCAUCAAGAAGAAAGUGUCGAGGAGUAAAACUUUAUUUUCUCUGCUGGUCGCUGCAGGAGGAAGGUUUGUUUAACAAGGACACACCCCCCUGUUGACACCCAGCUGGCACAGCUCCUCUGGAGGAAAAUGGGCAACACACCAAUCAUCUGAUUUUACCUCCCUAACAUGACACGCAGCCAAAAAAGGGUGCCCUGCCCCUGUCCUCACUGAGGCUCCUGGCUGCACCUCUGCGGGUGAUGCUGGCUGUGAUGUGGAAGGUGGUUCGUCAGAGGAAUGUAAAGCAUUAUGGGAAGGUGGUGGAGUUUGUGUCCUUGGUAACUGAGGCCAUCCCUGAUAUAUUGACGGACAGCCAGAUGAGACUGCUCACUCUGGGAUUAAGAGCAAAGGUGACUUUACAGAUGUUGCGUUCUGGACAGUCAGAUGAUCUCAGACAGGUUAGAACACACUUAGACAGCCUCCUGCCGACCAGCUCAGAACAGCUUGGGCCACAAACUGAAGGCCUUGAAGACAACUUUGUCCAACUUAUUCAGAGACUUCUGGAGGACGCAAAAGGGAGAGAACACUUCCUUGAGGACGUGUUUCCUGUGGAGUUUGGCCCCAACUUUGAUACAGCACUGGAGACGAUGGUUUGUGAUUUCUUCAGCCGGCUGGAAGAGCUUCUGCUUAUACCGAACUUUAAACAGACCGCAGUAUGGAUCAGUGAUACAUCCUCUGUGCUAGAAGAGUACAUGCAGUGUGUGACCAAUACAGAUGACCUCAGAGUUUUGCUCAGAAGCAAGGUGCACCAUGGUAAAAUGGCCAAGAUGGAUUCAAGUGAAUUCAGCGUCCCCCUGUCCUCACUGGCGCUCCUGGUCCCACCGCUUCGGCUGAUGUCAGCAGUGAUGUGGGAAGUUGUGCGCCAGCGCAACAUAAAGCAUUAUGGGAAACUGGAGGAGUUUGUGUCCAUGGUGACAGAUGCAGUUCCUGAGCUGAUGAGUAAAAGGGAAGGGAGGCUGCUCUCACUGGGCCUUAGGGCUAGGACAACUCUUGAACUGUUGCGUUCCGAACAUCCUGAAGACCUCAAGGCUGUUGAGACCCACCUUAACCGAAUCCGAUCUUCUUGCAUUGAGGAGACAAAUGAUCCUAUUAUUGAAGCACCAGAGGCAAACUUUAUGAAGCUGGUACAAGGGCUCAUUGAAGACACUGACGGCAGAGAACAUUUCCUCAAGAACGUGUUUCCUGUGGAGUAUGGCCCCGACUUUGACACAGCACUGGAGACUUUAGUUUGUGAAUUCUUCACAAGACUGGAGGAGCUGCUGCCAAUACCAGAUUUCAAACAGACUGCCUCCUGGAUCAGUGCUGCCCCCUCGGUCUUAGAGGAGUACAUGCAGUGUGUCUCAAAUGGAGAUGACCUGAAGUUUCUCCUCCAGAGCAAACAGUGCCAUGGAAAACUGGCAAAGAGCAGCAUUGCUCCGUUUCAGUCAGAUGAUCUGCUCAUCCCCUCUCUGUCUCUCCCUCCAUCGCUGGAAGUAGCCAUCGCUUCCCACCCGAGUGCUUGUGACGAUGAAAACAAUGACGUUCCUCAGAUUGUUAUGUUCGAUGAAGAAUUGUCUACAAACCCUUCCACCUCAACUGACUUUCCUGAAUCACCAAAACAGACUGACAUCCCAACGUCUCCUCACAGAAGACAGCAGUCAGCAAUGCACAAAUGCUCCGAGUGUGACAAGUGUUUCAAGCAUCAUUCAGUCCUCAUCGAGCACCAGAGAGUUCACACCGGGCUGCAGCCUUACAACUGCUCAGAGUGUGGGAGGGCUUUCAGAACAGCCACCCUGCUGGCCGGUCACAGGCUGCGCAAAUGCAAAAAUGCUGCAUAUCUAUGUAUAAAAUGUGGGAACAGUUUCCCAACCUCACUGGACAAAUUCAGACACCACUGCCCGAAACGGGGCCGUCACUACGACUGUGGGCAUUGUGGAAAGAGAUUUCAAAAGUCUAGCAGCUUAAAGGAGCAUCUGCUAACUCACGUUCAAAACCGGCUUUUCAAGUGUAGCCAUUGUGGGGUGGGGUUUUCAGGGAUUGGUGAUCUGAAGUAUCAUCAGCAGGUGGAUCAUGAUAAGCCAUACCAGUGUAAACAGUGCGGAAAGAGCUUUAUCACCUCCAAGUGUCUGGCCAAACAUCAACAACGUCAUCAAGAGGUUGGUGAAAUGGAGACGGCCAAAUUAAUGAGUGGAGGUAAACAUAGAAAAAGUGGCUCAGCUCAUCGCACUUCUUCAUCCUCUCUAUCGUCCAGGAAGACGUCUAACAAAUCUGUCUACCCUCGCGGACGAGUCAUUCAUAACUGCCCUCUGUGUGGGAGGAGCUUUAAGUAUCGCUUUGAAUUCCUGGAACACCAGAGGUUCCACACGGCAGUGAAGCCAUAUAAAUGCUCCCAGUGUGGCAAAUCCUUCCGCACUGAGGUCCACCUCUCCGGACACAGGAGGAGAAAGUGUAAAAAUGCUGCCCAUAUCUGCACCAAAUGUGGCUGUCAGUUCAGGUCUCUGCACGAACGCCUCAGACACCAGUGUGUGCAGCUGCUGACAAAAUACGAGUGUUCUCACUGCGGGAAGACCUUCAAGAUGGCACACCUGCUCAGGAACCAUCAGAUGAGUGAACACCAGCUUCCCUACAGCCCCAACCAUCGCUUCAGGUGCAGAUACUGUGAGGAGACUUUCCCUGGGAUCAGCGAACUGAAGUACCAUCAGAGGGUUGACCAUGAGAAACCCUACCAGUGUCAGGAAUGUGGCAAGUGUUUCCUGUCUGAAAAAUGCCUCGCCAAUCACGAGCUACGCCACAACAAUGACAGACCAGAGAGCUGUCUGGUCUGCGGCCGCGGCUUUAGAAACCGCUAUGACUUGAAGCAGCACAUGCGCACCCACACAGGAGAGCGACCUUACCAGUGCACCCACUGUUCACAGUGUUUCUCCACUGCAGGAGGACUGAGGAGUCACACACGGGUUCACACAGGCGAGAAGCCGCACGUUUGUCCAGAUUGUGGGAAGGGCUUCUCCCAGAUUGGUGCAAUGCGCACGCACAGGCUCACCCACACAGGAGAACGGCCAUUCAAGUGCACGGUCUGUGGCAAAGGUUUCACAAUGGCACACAAGGUAACGGUUCACAUGCGCGUUCAUACUGGGGAGCGGCCGUACGUGUGCACUCAGUGCGGGAAAGCCUUCUCAGAUGGAAGUGUGCUGAAGCAACACAUGCUUAACCACUCAGGAGUGAGACCAUACCACUGCCAGAUCUGUCCCAAGACGUACACGUGUCUGAACCACCUGAGGAGGCACCUGAAAAGCCACUCCAACAUGAACUGAGCCACACAUGGAGAAAAAGUGGAGCACAAUCCAGUGACACUUAUACAAAUAUACUGAAACACUUCCUUUGACAGGGUGGCUACUGAAACUGCAAUGUAUUGAUGCACUCAACCAAGCAAUACACGAAGGACUAUAGACAGAUGUUGCACAGUUGCUGUUCAAAUUGAGUUAAAUGCUCAAAUUUUACAGUUCUUGUAAAAUAAAUCUAGUUCCAACGUUGCCAUUUCUUGAGGACUAUUGAAAAGUAACACGUGAACAUUUGUUGCUCUGUAAAUAAGAUGAAAGACAGAUACUGUAAGUGAAAAUAACGAUUUCAAAAUGACAUCACUUUAUUCCUCUUGGCCAUUUAUAUCCCAACUGUGGUUCAUGGAUUUCAGAUUAAAUGACCUUGUUACACCUCAUGCAUGUAAAUUGAUUUAAUUUAUUCAAGACAAAACACUGCAAUAAAGAGUAUAUGUGUCCCUCUGA